UACAUUUUAGUAUUUACUACUACUCUAAAAUCAUUAAUAAAUAGAAUAGAUCUACUAGAUCUAGAUCUAGAUCUGUAUGUUUAUUUUAUAUUAAAAAACUAGUGUCCACUUUGAUUUUUACGCUUUAGAGAACAUAGAAAAUGAAAUCUUUAACAGUGAAAGAGGCCCUUUUACAGAUGAGGAAAGGCAUUCUUACAGCCCAAGAGCUUUGUGUUUCUUGUCAAGAGAAAAUAAAAAAGACAAAGAGUUUAAAUAUGUAUGUUACAGAAACAAGAAGUGAAGAAGUUCACAAACAAGCUGAAUUGUCUCAUUUAGCAUACAAGAAAGGUGUGCCAAAGUCUUUAGAAGGUAUCCCGAUAGCGUUUAAGGAUAACUUUUGUACAAAUGGCUAUCCUACAACUUGUUCCUCAAAAAUGCUUCUAAACUACAAGCCACCAUUUGAUGCCACUAUGGUCUCAAAAAUUAACCAAGCUGGAGGAAUCGUACUGGGAAAAACAAACAUGGAUGAAUUUGCGAUGGGUUCAGGCAGCUUAGACAGCUGUCAUGGUCCAGUGAUCAACCCUUGGAAUUAUGUAGUGUCUCCUUCAAGCUCCCCUACCACUGCGAGCAGCAGCCAGGACAGUUUACCAUCAAGCUCUGUUACAAAUCCUUCAGACUGGUUUAUAGCUGGUGGUAGUUCAGGUGGCAGUGCUGCAGCUGUGGCUUCUGGCACUUGUUUAGCUGCAUUUGGGUCAGACACAGGUGGAUCAACAAGAAAUCCUGCAAGCUACUGUGGUGUUGUGGGGUUAAAACCAACGUAUGGACUUUUAUCUAGGCAUGGGCUAAUUCCUCUUGUUAACUCUAUGGAUGUUCCAGGCAUUUUAACAAAAACUGUUGAAGAUAGUGCUCUAAUUUUAAACAAUGUUGCAGGGCAUGAUGUUCGUGACUCUACAACUUUAACAGACUCAUACACACCAUUUAAUAUACAAGAAAAUCUAGAUUUGUCCAAAUUACACAUUGGGAUUCCCAAGGAAUUCCAUGCACCAUUUUUGUCGGAAGAUGUUCUCAGUUUAUGGAAAAAAAUAGCUGAUCAAUUUGAACAAGCUGGUGCUAAAGUCACCCAAGUCUCAAUGCCCAAUACACCUAUGUGUAUUAUAUGUUAUCAUGUUUUGUGCUGUUGUGAGGUAGCUUCCAACUUUUCUCGUUAUGACGGAAUAGAAUUUGGUCUAAGAGAUGGCACUGAAGAAUCCACAGAGGAACUUUAUGCUCAGAGCAGACACAAAGGGUUUAAUGAUGUUGUGAGAGGUAGAAUUCUGGCUGGGAACUAUUUUCUUUUGAAAAAGAAUUACAAUGACUAUUUUAUAAAAGCUCAGAAGGUAAGGCGGUUGAUCAGUAAUGACUUCCAGAAUGUUUUUUCUACUGGAGUCAACCUGUUGCUGACGCCGACCACUUUAACAGAUGCCCCAUUGUACAGCUGGUUCAGUAAACAAGACAACAGAACGCGGUGCGAGGAGCAGGAUAUUUUUACCACACCAGCCAAUAUGGCAGGUGUUCCAGCCAUAACUCUACCACUUGGACUGUCAAGGCAAGGGCUACCUUUAAGCUUACAGCUGAUGGGUCCACAUUUAAGUGAAUCCACUUUGCUCUCUGCAGCUUACUGGUUGGAACAACAAGCACAGUUCUCACAUUUAGAUAUUGAUUUAUUAGACCAGUUAAACAACAAGCACAGUUCUCACAUUUAGAUAUUGAUUUAUUAGACCAGUUAAACAACAAGCACAGUUCUCACAUUUAGAUAUUGAUUUAUUAGACCAGUUAAACAACAAGCACAGUUCUCACAUUUAGAUAUUGAUUUAUUAGACCAGUUAAACAAAUCUUUCUUGAGUGUGUAAACUGUUCAGUUAGCCACAAAAGCUAUACUAUAGUAGUAAAGCGUUUGGAAGACUUCUCAAUUGGUUCACAUGUCACCGUCUCCAUCCAGCUCUAACAUGUAUUCAGGAAAUGAA